UUGAGGGCGGCUAUUUAUAGAGGACCCACCUCAGGUUGUUCCUCCUUGUCAGACAUAGUUGAGGAGGUGUCCAUGAGCAGCACAGGGUAUCUCUGAUAGUCCAUCUCAAGCUAUGUGUAUGGAGGAAGCAGAGGCAACCCUCCAUCACUGGUGCACAAAGACCACGAAAUCUCUCCAUUAUCAGAAGAGGUUCUCUGAUGAGCAAGGGAUUGUCACUCACAUCUGUUGAUGAUGCAAGCAUGUACGUAACCAAGACAACCGCUCUACAGGUAAGGAGUUCCUUCAAGCAUAAGAUGAGCAAAAGCUGGGACAUAACUCAACAACUCCUCUAUAACAGCACUGCCUACGAACCGCCUCCUGAUAUUCUAUUCGUUUCUCCGGUCCACAAGACAACCAUCUCUCACGAGAACCCACGAUUCUUCAGUGGAUCCCACGACAUCAAAAUCAGAAUAUUCCCGGAACACUGGCCCCUUCAAACUCUGCCCCCUAACCCGUCCAAACUUGAUCCAACCCCUCCAGCCCAACCCCCCUCAAUCGACCUGUGUGUGUGUGCGGCCAUGCACUUGAACCAGCCCUUCGAAUUCCCUCCCGGCUACACAAUUGUCAGUCCAGUCUACUUCAUCAGCUGCAAAACACCGCAACCUUGUCAAGUUGAACUGACCCUACCACAUGCCGUAGCUUACACCAAAGACGAGGACAAGAAACGAUUGCGUAUAUUAUCAACAACCACAGUUAAUCCAAACUUACGUGAUGUCUGGUCGCCUAGCGAUAGAACGCUUACGGAGCUAGAAAUGGAUUCUUUCGAAGUUGAUCCGUAUCGUGUUAAAUUCAGAACCAGUCUAGUCCACCCAUCUCUGUAUGCAGUGGCCGUUAACGAUAGGGACUUUAGUUUAGAACCACAUUUGCCGCUACGAUGCUCUCUGUAUAUCAGCUAUCCCGUGUUGGAACCGACGGCCAGUGUCUCCGGACUCUAUGUGACCUCUUAUGUUGGCAUGAAGUUGAAGACUGUGUACACUGCUGUGACUAACCAAACGACUGAAAACAAGAGCAAGUUUGAGGAGAAGCACUUCACACUAUUAGGGGACAGUGUUCGUGUGGACGCUGGCCUAACCAACCAAUCAGAUGAGUGGGUGAUGACACCAUGUGACAGUGGAGAGUUCACGUACAACCAGCUGGCUCUAACUCAAGAGACUGACAAGGACUCCUACAGCCACACCCCCGCCUACCCUCCACACACAACGUUCUUUGUGGAGCUUCGCGGAGUGGCGGCAGCCGUCAGGUGCAGAGUGAAAUUGUUAUCAGGAGAUGGGACAGAGAUCAGUUACAUCCAAGUGAGAGAGUUGACCCCGCCCCCAAGUCACCUGACGAAAAGCUACGUACCGCCCCCUCAUUUCACACUUGCCCAAUCUGACACUCGAGUAACCAACGUGUAACUCUUUCUCUUUUUUUGUACCCUCCCUCAAUUUUAACUUGCAAUUCAGCUAUUAAUAAUUAUUGUAUUGACUUUUCGCUAUAAAAAACUUUUUUUUUGCUCAA